UUCCUCUUUCUUCACAUCUUUGCGCCGUCCUCCCUCCUCUUUCAAUCUUGCCUCCCCUUCACAUUCUCCCCCGUUCCUCCCUUCUCUCCCCCUCUCUCUUUCUCUCCCGUCUUCCUUCUCCUCUUAAAGGAUUUGAGCAGCCGGGUGGCGUGGAGCUCGGCGGCAGGGGAUUAGAAGGGGCUGCGUCCAGAGCCCGAGAGAGAUUUCCCCCGCCCCAUCGCCCGCUCCUCCGCUCGUGUGCCGGCGCUUCGGUCGUGAACGCGUUUUUUUGGAAAGAAGAAGGAGGAUCUGAACGCCCCAGCCCUUCACCUCCAGCGAGAACCCUGACUCAGAUCCGCGCAGAUCCCUCCCUCGGCUUGGGGAAAAAAAAAAGGGAAGAGAAAAAAGCGAGGCGGCUGAAAAAUCCCCUCCAUUCCGGGCCACCGGGACCGGCUGGAGCCAGGCGAGCUUCCCCCAGCCAUGGACCAAGCGAAGGAUCUAGUUUCUCGCCUGCCUCGGGCUUCCAAGAUCCAGCUGGCUUGAAAGCGUACGUACAGGGAUCCAUUGCUUUGCUUCCUGAUUCGAAGGAUCAGGGAAUUCCUGGCGGACCGGAGGGAUCGAGAAGCCGUGGCUUCAACUGGGGCUCCUCUUAGAUGGUGUGGCAAUCCUCCUGGUCGCCAUCUGCUCAGCCUCCAGAUUCCUUCUGGGUUCCUCUGGAUCCGUGAAGCAUUCCGUGAGAGGCGGGAAGUGGAGGGAAAGAAAGGGUCUUUGGAUCUCCGUCGCCUGGAUGUACACGCGUGGCUCCCUUUCUCACAUACAUAUCCGUUCAGUCUUAAUUCUCGGGAAGAGCACGUCCCCUGCUCAUCAAAGAUUUUUUUUCUUAUUCUGGAUCGCUUUUGGAUAGCUGGGAAUUGCGGGACACACCACCGUUGUAAAAAGAUUAUUUUAAGGCUUCUUUUCCAAAUUCUUGGGCAUUUCAGUUCUUGGAAAUCUCUGGAUGUACGGAAUUCUUUUUGAGGGAAAAUUACCAAGCAGCGAGCGUUAUUCUUUUGGGCUCCUAGAUUCUAAGUGUACAGUGAUCUGCCCCAUUCUCUGGUUGGAUGUCUCGGCUUUUAACUUAGUCCAAAACGUAAAAGUUGGAUUGUGGUACCAGAACCCACUAGUGUUGCCAACUUUUCCAUCCCAGUUGUUUUUGUAGGCUUUUGAACUGCUGGAAUUAUCUGAAAUUCUGAAGCUCGGAUUCUGAUCUUCCUCCUGUUUCCUGCUACUUCACUCCUCCAGUAAAGAUGUCUUCAACUCCACCACUGCCAGAAUGGAAACUCCAGUUACUGGAGCGUCGGCGAAAGGAGGAAGAGGAGGCUCGUCGGCGGGAACAGGAACAGCAAGACCGCAUGGCUAAGAUGCCAGCUUGGAAACGGGAGAUCAUUGAACGACGCCGGGCCAAACAAGGCACCAGCACUUCUUUUUCUGAACCAAGCGGACCAGGAGAAACUGAGAGUGGGGCAGCCUCUGUGCCUGCUGCAAUGUCAUCCUAUCAAGAGGGGGAGCCAGAGAGUUCUGUGCUGCAGGAGAAGAUUGGCCCAGUCCACCAAAACCCUUUCAUUCAGCUGGAGAAGCGUCGCCAUCAGGAGUCUGUCCCUUCAGAAAGUGAACUCGCUAAUGCCAAAGCCAAGCAAAUAGUGGAUCUGUGCGGGCAGAUUCCAGGCGUCCGCACCCUGCGGGCAGACAAUGUCAUCAUCAUUGAAACGGCCCCUGGGAUGCCACCAGCCCAGCUGGCUAGCGACCGGCACCCAGGAGAAGCCAAAUCAGGCAGCAUGGAGUCCCUCAACGAGCUGUUGGCACGCCGUGGGGGCAGCGUGACCGAGAUCCGUGCAGGUGAGGUCUUCAUCGUCAAGUCGGCUUUGAGCCGCAGCGUGGAGGAUCUCAAUGCAGUAGGCCGAGCUGAGCACCGGGCCUCGCUGCCGGAGCAGCGCCGAGGGCGGGUGAGCAAACUGCUCAGUCGGUUCAGCCAGGAGGACGGCGGAGGGGUGGUGCCGUCACCCCCGGUGAAGUCCCUCAGCACUGAGAAUUUAACAGAAGGCACCUUUGGAGGAAAGAAGCCAGCCCAUUCUCCAGCAGACCCCAGCCCAACUCGGCCGCACUGUGUCAACAGCGUCCCUGGCCCUCCCGGUGACCUUCCGGGGCUGACAUCUCCAGGGCCUUGCACUGUGGCAUCUUACCGAAGCCAGUUUGAAGCUAAAUCAGGCAGUGGGGAGGGCUGGCCAGAGAGUCCUCCGAGGCGCUCGCCAACCGGAAGAAGAUGGGGAAGGGAGGCUACAUCUCCAGACAGAGGGCCCAGGGCAGAGAGCAGCGAUUCGGAGGCAGCCGUGGAACCCCACCCAGCUGAGGACGAUGUCCAGGGCAAAGCCUUGGCCAACCUGCGCCUCCACUCCCGGAACUCCUUUAUGGUUGUGCCACUGCGGGCUUCGGCCUCCCCUCCCCCAGAACCCAAACAGGAAGCCAGCCCUUCCCCUCCUUCAGUCAAGCCCCCAGUCCCCACUUCCUGCUCUUCACCCAGCUGUGAACAACUUCUCCCGGAUGCCGAGGAGCCGCCCGAGGCUGAGGCCAUGAGACGCAGCAGCAACAGCAAAGUUAAGGAGGAUGUCAGGAUGGGAAGCUUGGUCCGGGCCUCAUCCCCCCAUCCAGCAAUGCAGCGUCGCAGUGGCAACACCAUCACUAUCAAUCCUCGGAAGUCCCCAGUGUCAUCUGUCGUGGCAGUGGAGAAUGGCAUUGAGAGCACUCCGCCAGUAGCCACAGUGCCCAUGAAGAAGCGCUACCCCACAGUGGAGGAGAUCCAGGUGAUCGGGGGCUACCUCUCCCUGCAGAGAUCGUGUCUUGCAAAGAAUGACCGACAUCGGAAAAAGCUUAAGAUUUCAUUCAGUGAAAACCAGCUGGAGAGGACUUUCCAAUACCCAUCAGAGAGUUCCCUACUGGAGGAGUUUGGGCCCCCAGAAGAGUCAGAGCCUUUGGUUAGCACAAAUCCCCCCGGUGAUGAGGAAGAAGAAGAAGAAGAGUUGCUGCUACUUCAUCGUGGCCUCCCUGGCCUGCUCAGGACCAAACCACUUAUUGUGGAUGAGUCCUGUCGGCGAUAGCUUAUCGUCCUUCUUUCCCUGUGCAGGAAAAGGUGGAAUCUAUUUCAAGAUUUACGCCGUGUUCCAAAUCCUUUGGCUGGACCUUGAAUCUCUUUCUGUCUUCCAGUGACUGACACAUCAAGGAAAAGAAAUGGGGACCAAUAAAGACCGAUCAACCUUUUCCCACAGCUUUGAAUAGGUUUCUUCUUCCAGGAGUUACACAGAAUCUGCACCCUUGAUUUGGCUCUUUCCUUCCUUCUGCGUUGACCCUGAAAACAGGACCUCAUCGCUUAGGAAAAACUACCCCACAUCUAGACAGCUCCAAAUGGUGUGAAACGCGGCUCAGUCUAGAGGGGAAUCUCAACCAAUGCUUUUCCUGCCACUCCUGUCCUCCAAUAAGGAGCCUGUGGACUUGUUUUAAAGCUGUUGAUGAGGAAAGAACGUUGAACCUUCAGACACCAAGGGCUAAUGUUAUUGACCUAUUUUACUUCCUACCGUCAACCACACAGCAUUUGAAACCUUCAGCUCUGGGCUGGGGGACAUUGAUGUAACUUUGUCUGGUUGUUGUUUUUUUGCUUUUUUGAUAAAGUGUCUUGUCUGUUAGGAUGUUUAAAGGAAAACAAGCAAAGCACCAUUUUGACAAGCUGCCAUGUGGGCUUAGGGAGACCGGGAAAGGUUGGCACACUGCUUAUCAGUAUUUGGGGGGGAGGGGGGCCAUUCAAGAGAAGGGCACUUCAACAUAGCAUGGCUCUAGGUGUGAGUAAUAUGGCAUGUAACUGGGCAAUGGGGACGAGCCUCUCUCUGUUUUAAAACAAGAGCACUUAGUAAGGCAUGGAAUUGAGCAAUUAGGGAAAGGCUAUCUCUGCAUGGGGGCAGAGACCGUUGUUCUUUGUGGGGGCAUUUUGUGUUUUCUCUCUCUUGAGUUCAAGCUGAGGUGGUCUUGUCGGACUGCCAGGCUGGAGUACGGAAGCGGAACAAGUGGGGCAUGGAACAAAGCAGAAUCGGGAGAAAAGUACAGCUUCCAGUUUUAGUCGUAUCCAUUUCCUGUUUAGGAUUCACAACUCAUAUGGACUUAGAUGGGUGGAUGUGAAGUGAACAGACCCUUGAAUGUUAGAAAAUGAAGUGAUACUUUCAGGGGCGGCCACAGGGGAGGGUCAAAAACUGUGCACAGUUGCACAGUUGUGGCUGCCAAACUGACUUUUUUCACCCACCCACCCCAGAUGCCUCUGGAUUCUUUGGCCAAAUAAUGUAUUAUUACUAGUAGCAAUAAUACUAGUAAUAUUAUUUUACAAUCCAUUUUGAUGAGUUCUUGCCAAUCCGCACUGUAUGGUAUUUUUAAUAGGAUAAAGUCUUAACUUAGUUAAGAUUAAGGAAAGCAAGGUUAUGGUACAUUUGUUUGAAGAUGUUAACCUGGCUUCCUCUGUGGACUGUCUGAACAUCUGAGCACUAUUGCUCAGCUUGCAUGGCUUAAUAAAGACAUGCUCAUUUUGAUGGGAAGAAGGAGAAGGAGCUAUAGCUUCUGGGUCUCAGGAUGAUCUUCCAGCUUGGGGACUGAGGCAGAGAGCAAAUAAUUUGUAGUGCUGAUAAUAAAAAAGGAGGAGGUGGGAUGACUCAGGGAAGCGGAGGGCCAGUGAGGUGGUCUCGUCCAAGCCCUCCCCACUACCCCAUCCCACAACCCUGUUACUAUCUCAGGGCUGUAAUAUUCCACAAUUCCAGUUUUUGGAACAAAAAGUAUAAUUCCUUUAUCAUCCUGGCUGAAAGUUUGACAUUAAGAUGGAAGUGUCCAAAUCAAAUUGAAAUUGUUUCUAAAUUAUCCCUCCUUCUCCAACUGUGAAGCUUGGUUGACUUGCUCAAUUAAAUGAUUCAAAGAAUGGCGCAACUCAUCAAUGGAAAAAGAAUGCAGACUGAGAGAAAGUUGAUGAAUGUAUGGGAGGAGAAAGGUGAGACUUUAGGGAUAGAGUGAUACAAAAACUGUGGAGUGAAGAAGUAAAAGUUUGAAUGGAAGGUGCAGAAGAGAAAAUUACAUUUCUUCUCUCUCCCUUCAUUACUAAUUUAUCUUGUCAUCUGUGCACCCUUUUUAUUAUCAUUUCCCCUUUUAUUUUGCACUGCCGGAACAGCCGAGCAUAGAGCCCAUGAAUAAGUGAGUGAGUGACUGAAAUACUGCAGACAUCUAUUUCUUUGACAGGUGUGUGAUGAGGUCUGCAAAGAACAGUGUAUGUAAAAUGAGGGCUGAAGAAGCUGUGUCCAGCCAUUUCCAUCAGUGGUUUUUUUUUACAUAUAAUAAUUAUUAUUAACAAUAAACCAGAAUGAUGU